UGUACAUUCAAGAAGAAGAGGAAAACAAGUCAUCUUUUCACUGACAAAGUAGAUUUUUUUUGUUUAUCAACAGCAAUUUAAUAAGUUAAAAAUUUAAUAAAUUUACCAAAAUGUUAAGUUCUAUGGUAAAAGAACAUCAGGCUAAACAAGUGAAACGUAAACAGGAACAAGAAGUAAAACGCAAAGAGGCCAUAGAAGCUUCCAAUGAAUUGACUAAAGCUCUAGUGGAACAUUUAAAUGUGGGAGUCGCCCAGGCCUAUUUAAAUCAAAAACGUUUAGAUGCCGAGGCAAAACAGCUGCAUGUGGGAGCUACAAAUUUUGCCAAACAAACACAACAGUGGCUGCAAUUGAUAGACAAUUUUAGUAGUGCCUUAAAAGAACUGGGUGAUGUAGAGAAUUGGGCUAGAAGUAUAGAGUCAGAUAUGCAAGUUAUACAAAAUACUUUGGAAAUUGCCUAUAAAACUAGUCGACAAACGCAACAGCAAGCACAUCAGGGUGCAGGAGCAGCAGCUGCUGCAGGUGCUAGUACUUCCUCAUCAUGAGCAGUAGUUCAAUAAUUAAGUAUUUACUAAUAUUUUUUUUUUAAUUAAUAUAAAUUCACAGUUUUCAAGUCUU